AUGAGCCGCACAGGGUUGUGUGGCUUAUAUGAAGGGAAACUAUCAUGCAUUCCCUCAGAAAAACUGCUCAUAAUCUAUGAGACGGAGGCAAAGCAGUGGGCAACCUAUCUUCAGUCAGCCUUCCUUGAGCAAAUCCCAGAGGAUGGGAUCUGCUGCUAUGAUGUUACCACAGUGUCCAGCCAAAAGGAUGACUUCCUCAGGCUGUCCGGCUACGCCUGCAAGCUGUUGAUCCUUUCCAAGGGAAUGCUGGAGGGUCUUAACCAGAUGAGGCGCUUCUUCCUUUCCAGGGUGCUGAGUCCAGCAGCCUGUGUAGUGUUGCUGCUGUGUGGGGUGGAGAGUAUAACCCCGCUGCUGGACCUAGUGCCCAUUAAUGGUGAUGAGUGCCUGCAGAUCUCCUGUGAGCAAGAGGCUCCUGAGUAUGUGUGCAAUGUGAUGGAUAUUAUACAAAAAGGUGCAUCAGCAAUAGCAGCAAAUGUGAACCCCAUGGCACAUAGACCAUCUGGAUUUGAGCUUAGGGGUGUGCAGUCAUCUGGAACUAACAGGGUCAAAUCCAGCAUCGUUAUCAUUCCCUCAAGGGUUCCCUGUGGGAGUUCCUCGGAGGUGUUUGUACUCCUGAAAAACAAUUUGGCUGCCGGCGACUGUGAGGUUGAGUUCAAGGCCGAGAAGCAGAUAGUGAGAGUGAAGCCUGUGUGCUGGAGUGAACAGAUCCUGUGUGUCAGCACACCAGCUGACUUUCCUGCAGGAAAUGUGAGGGUGACUGUCUACAGUGGUGGAAAAUCACUGAGCAGCUCUAAAUUGCAGUAUUACACAAGAAUUGAAGAACUCGCCAGUCUUCUGUCAAGUGUGGCAGACCCUGUAGAGUUCAUGUUUCAGGCUCUUCAGGUUUGCUCUGUGGAUAAGCUGGAUCAGAAGUUGUCCUCCAUGCUGCUGGAGCUCAUGCCCACAGGAGGCUUUCAGGGCCUGCAAAUUGAAAACACACAUGAAAGAGAGGUCCACCAUGGGGACGUGCCCUCGCUCCUCCACUUCGCCGCUCGGUAUGGAUUCAGGAGUGUCUCGGGCCUGCUUCUGCAGUGUCCGGGCGCUGAACAAGCUCUCUGCAUUGCCAAUCGACACGGACAGACUCCUGCAGAGAUCGCCAAAAGCCACGGCCAUAAAGAGCUUCACAUCAUGCUGAAGGAGACGUUGAAGAUGCUUGGCUCAGGGGAGGACCAUGGUGUGUACGAAAUGAUGUGCAAUGCAAGCAAACAGCAAGAAUGUGAGGGGGAGGAUGAGGAUCUCUACACGCCACUCGGGACGAAUGAUGACUUGAAUUCCAACUUGAAGUCUAAAAAGGUCGUGGACCUUGCCAACCGCCCGCCAGCACCCACACCCAGGCCUGAGUGCAUGCAGCUGAAAGAGGGUAGAACCCCAUACAUCGUACAAGUUUUUAAAAAGAAGAAAAUACCCAAGGGGAAUGCUGAUGUGUAUUCAAUUACGUCUAAACAGGCAGAAAGGCAAGAAGGCAGCGUCCCUGGCAUCUAUGAUACCUUCACACCAAAUCAGAUGCAGCUUGAGCAGCUCAUGGAGGUCCAGCAGAGGAUAAAGACCGGUUCACUCACUGUGGGAAAGGCUUUUAAUCACUUCAGCGACCAACAGAAGCAGCAACAGGAGAAGCUGAGCCACCUGAGAGCUGGCAUCAUCAACAACAGAGACGACUGUGUGUACGAUCAAAUCAACAAUGUUCAUCAUACAUCAAAUGUUCUGGUGAAUGAGAGUUGCAGAGGAAACCAACCAUCUGAACCUGAGUUUCACACUAAGCCACUAAAAGGGCAGCAGAACUUGCAGAAAAGCUGAGAAACUGAACUUACAGGUUAAGGUUAUUUAUGCAACAUAAAUCCAGUUUCCUGUCAACAUCUUCUUUCCUGAAACGUUUAAUUCUUCUUUUCUUUAUGUGAAUAUUCAAUGAAACCAAUGUUAUUUGUUAUAUUUUCAACAUUAUGGGUAGAUUUCUGGGGUUUAAGGUACAGUCACAUUAAAAAGAAAGCACACCACAAUAAACUGAAGGGUUUGAAAUAUUAUCCACAUAUCUAAGAUUUUUGGGAUGUAUUUAGUUUUUCACAAACCCUUCCAUUUUGGCUUAAUGGUGGAAUUAGCUAUGUUUAUUCUAUGUUGUAUGCUUUAUGUUAGAUUUAAAUCAUUUUAGAACUCAGUAGAGGGCAUAUUAUGUAUUUGUUAAAAACCCUAUAUUAUGCAGAGGGUGUACUUUCUUUUUACCAUGACUGUACACCAUGGUAUUAAAAGGUCACAGUUACUUAACUGAAAAGAUUUGUGGUCAUAUUGUUCCUGCGGUUGAAACUGUUUUCAAUGAAGUGAAGUACAUUUGUGCUUCCUCUCCAUCACUUGUUGCUGUGAGCUGUCAGUCAGUUGUGUAGUUGGGUGUUUGGAAAGGAUUCUGGAAGUAAAACCACCCCAGAGGAGCACCACAACUCAGUCUUUUCUUUGCUUCUUCACCAAGAAGCUAUCAAGGUUACCUUGUCUUUUGGUAAAAUAAACAACCUUCUACAAGAACUAGUCAGAAAUUCACGGCUCACACAGAUAAAAAUGUAAUCACUGUUUAUUGCACACAACCUAAAACUCUAAGCUUCAUUCAGAGCUCCCAGCAUGGACUUGUUCACAUUUAUUCAUCAUUUUUAAUAGGAUAAAGCCUGCAAAAGCUGUUAAAUGUUAAAAGGUAACACCAUGAGUACAUUUGCAUAUUAGCUGCAUAGUAUUGUAGACUUUGCUACUGUGUCUCAGCCAGGUUUGUUUUUUAUGUCCAUAUUUUAUGUUUUACUGUUGUAUUUUGUGUUCACAUAAAUCCUCUUGAUUUGUCCAAAUUUACAUUAAAGCUGCUCUCAUCCACAGA